CGGGCGACGACGCGCGCGGCGGUCCGGCCGAGGGAGGGAGCGAGCAGGCGGGCGAGUGGGAGAGCGAGCGAGCGAGCGAGCGGGGCCGGAGCAGCCUCUGGCGCCCCAGGCGCCGACGAGAUUGUGAACAAUGGCCAUGUGGAUACAAGCUCAGCAGCUGCAAGGAGAUGCCCUUCAUCAGAUGCAAGCCUUGUAUGGCCAGCACUUCCCCAUCGAGGUGCGGCAUUAUUUAUCCCAGUGGAUUGAAAGCCAGGCCUGGGACUCAAUAGAUCUUGAUAAUCCACAGGAGAACAUUAAGGCCACCCAGCUCCUGGAGGGUCUGGUGCAGGAGCUGCAGAAGAAGGCGGAGCACCAGGUGGGGGAAGAUGGGUUUUUGCUGAAGAUCAAGCUGGGACACUAUGCCACGCAGCUGAAGAACACGUACGAUCGCUGCCCCAUGGAACUGGUCCGCUGCAUCCGGCACAUUCUGUACAAUGAACAGAGGCUGGUCCGAGAAGCCAACAAUGGCAACUCUCCAGCUGGAAGUCUUGCUGAUGCCAUGUCUCAGAAGCACCUUCAGAUCAACCAGACCUUUGAGGAGCUGCGACUGGUCACGCAGGACACAGAGAACGAGCUGAAGAAGCUGCAGCAGACCCAAGAGUAUUUCAUCAUCCAGUACCAGGAGAGCCUGAGGAUCCAAGCUCAGUUUGCCCAGCUGGCCCAGCUGAAUCCCCAGGAGCGCCUGAGCCGGGAGACAGCGCUGCAGCAGAAGCAGGUGUCCCUGGAGGCCUGGCUGCAGCGCGAGGCACAGACCCUACAGCAGUACCGCGUGGAGCUGGCUGAGAAGCACCAGAAGACCCUACAGCUGCUGAGGAAGCAGCAGACAGUCAUCCUGGACGAUGAGCUGAUCCAGUGGAAGCGGCGGCAGCAGCUGGCUGGGAAUGGGGGUCCCCCCGAGGGCAGCCUGGACGUGCUGCAGUCCUGGUGUGAGAAGUUGGCUGAGAUCAUCUGGCAGAACCGGCAGCAGAUCCGCAGGGCAGAGCACCUCUGUCAGCAGCUGCCCAUCCCCGGGCCGGUGGAGGAGAUGCUGGCUGAGGUCAACGCCACCAUCACAGACAUCAUCUCAGCCCUGGUGACCAGCACGUUCAUCAUCGAGAAGCAACCCCCUCAGGUCCUGAAGACCCAGACCAAGUUUGCAGCCACCGUGCGCCUGCUGGUGGGUGGGAAGCUGAACGUGCACAUGAACCCACCCCAGGUGAAGGCCACCAUCAUCAGUGAGCAGCAGGCCAAGUCCCUGCUCAAGAACGAGAACACACGCAAUGAUUACAGUGGUGAGAUCUUGAACAACUGCUGCGUUAUGGAAUAUCACCAGGCCACAGGCACCCUCAGCGCCCACUUCAGAAACAUGUCCCUGAAACGAAUUAAGAGGUCUGACCGCCGUGGGGCAGAGUCAGUGACAGAGGAAAAAUUCACAAUCCUGUUUGAAUCACAGUUCAGUGUUGGCGGAAACGAGCUGGUUUUUCAAGUCAAGACCCUGUCACUCCCGGUGGUGGUGAUUGUUCAUGGGAGCCAGGACAACAAUGCCACUGCUACCGUCCUCUGGGACAAUGCUUUCGCAGAGCCCGGCAGGGUGCCAUUUGCUGUGCCCGACAAAGUGCUGUGGCCACAGCUGUGCGAGGCGCUCAACAUGAAAUUCAAGGCCGAAGUGCAGAGCAACCGGGGCCUGACCAAGGAGAACCUUGUGUUCCUGGCACAGAAACUGUUCAACAGCAGCAGCGCCCACCUGGAGGACUACAGCAGCAUGUCCGUGUCCUGGUCCCAAUUCAACAGGGAGAAUUUGCCAGGACGGAAUUAUACUUUCUGGCAGUGGUUUGACGGUGUGAUGGAAGUGUUAAAAAAACAUCUCAAGCCUCAUUGGAAUGAUGGGGCCAUCCUGGGUUUUGUGAACAAGCAACAGGCUCAUGACCUCCUCAUUAACAAGCCAGAUGGGACCUUUCUGCUGAGAUUCAGUGACUCAGAAAUCGGUGGAAUCACCAUUGCCUGGAAGUUUGAUUCUCAGGAGAGGAUGUUUUGGAAUCUGAUGCCUUUUACCACCAGAGACUUUUCCAUCCGGUCACUGGCCGAUCGUCUGGGGGACUUGGAUUACCUUAUAUACGUGUUUCCUGAUCGGCCAAAAGAUGAAGUGUACUCCAAAUAUUAUACACCAGUUCCAUGCGAGCCUGCCACUGCUAAAGCAGUGGACGGAUAUGUCAAGCCACAGAUCAAGCAAGUGGUUCCUGAGUUUGUGAACGCGUCUGCGGAUGCCGGAGCCGGCGCCACGUACAUGGACCAGGCGCCCUCCCCAGCAGUGUGCCCCCAGACUCAUUACAACAUGUACCCACAGAAUCCUGACUCGGUUCUUGACACCGAUGGGGACUUCGACCUAGAAGACACCAUGGACGUGGCCCGGCGUGUGGAGGAGCUCCUAGGCCGGCCCAUGGACAGUCAGUGGAUCCCUCAUGCCCAGUCGUGACCCACCUGGCCUUACUACCCUCAGCUUCUUCAUCCUCGCCCGAGGAAUUAUCUUGUGGAUGUUUUAAUUCCAUGAAUCGCUUCUCUUUGGAAACAAUAUUCAUAAUGUGAAGUGUUAAUACUAGUUGUGACUUUAGUGUUUCUGUGCAUGGUGGCACCAGUGAAGAGUGAGUGUGAGUGUGCGUGUGAGCUUGCACAUUGUGGUGUUUCCGCUCCUGGCUGCCCAGAGUCUGGAUACAGCUCCAGGGCCUCACACAGAGGUUGUGCUUGUUUGUGCCUCAUGCCAAAGGCAAUUAGUUCUAUGAACCCUGGAAUCUGGCCAUGUGUCUUAAGAGUGGCUGAACUUUGACAUGAGGCUACGCAAGUAAAACAAGAACAAAGGGAGGAAAAGGCACCUCUGGGAAGUCUUCGUCACUCUGCCAGGCAGUCUGUACAAACUGUCAUUGUCUCUGCUUGUCUUCUAAGAUGUGGAUGACUGCCUUUUGACAGAGCUAGUCCUCCCGUCCUUCUCAGCCCUUG